AUGGAGGAGGAGGCUGCGAGGAAGAGGAAGAUGCCUUGGGCCCCCCAGGCAGGCCCCGAGCUGAGGACGGAGAGCCCGGAGGACAAAUCCCCCUGGCAGAGCCUGGUGGGAGAGGCCGUUUUGAAGGGCUCCACGGUGCAGGAAGGCAGCGGGGAGGAAAAGGGCCGGAGAUGCCCCCGCAGGAGGGGCUCCAAAGCCAGCCCAGGGUGCUCUGAGGAGGAAAGACCCAGCCUGUGCCGGGAAGGCAGAUGGAGCUCUGACCUGGUGGUCCCUGAGCAGCCUCCCAGCAGGCAGAAGCCCUUCAGGUGCUUGGAAUGUGGGAAGAGCUUCAGGAAGAGCACCGACCUCCUCAAGCACCAGCACAUCCACACUGGAGAAUGGCCUUACACAUGUGGGGAAUGUGGGAAGAGCUUCAGGGACAGCUCCACCCUCUGCACCCACCGUCGCAUCCACACUGGGGAACGGCCCUACAAGUGCUUGGAAUGUGGGAAGAGGUUUCAGACCAGCUCACAUCUCUUCCUGCACCAGCGGAUGCACAUGGAUGAGAGGCCCUUCCGCUGCACCGACUGCGGGAAGGGCUUCAAGCUCAACUGCCACCUCAUCAGGCACCGGCGCAUCCACACCGGGCAGAGGCCCUACAAGUGUGGGGAGUGUGUGAAGAGCUUCACCCACAGCUCUGCCUUGACCACCCACCGUCGCAUGCACACUGGUGAACAGCCCUACAAAUGUGGGGAAUGUGGGAAGAGCUUCAGUGACAGCUCCAGCCUCCGCAAACACCAGCGCAUCCACACUGGGGAACGGCCCUACAAGUGCUUGGAAUGUGGAAAGAGGUUUCAGCGCAGCUCAAAUCUCCUCAGGCAUGAGCAGAUGCACACGGAUGAGAGGCCCUUCCGCUGCACCAACUGCGGGAAGGGCUUCAACCGGCAAUCCAACCUCGUCACCCACCAGCGCAUCCACACCGGGGAGAGGCCCUACAAGUGUGGGGAGUGUGGGAAGAGCUUCACCAAGAGCUCUAAUGACAACUCCACCCUCUGCACCCACCAGCGCAUCCACACUGGGGAACGGCCCUACACGUGUGGGGAAUGUGGGAAGAGCUUCAGUGACAGCUCCAGCCUCCUCACCCACCAGCGCAUCCACACUGGGGAACGACCCUACAAGUGCUUGGAAUGUGGGAAGAGGUUUCAGCGCAGCUCACAUCUCCUCAGGCAUGAGCAGACACACACAGAUGAGAGGCCCUUCCGCUGCACCGACUGUGGGAAGGGCUUCAAGCACAACGACACCCUCGUCAGGCACCGGCGCAUCCACACCGGGGAGAGGCUCUACAAGUGUGGGGAGUGUGGGAAGAGCUUCACCCACAGCUCUUACCUGACCUCACACCAACAGACCCACAAGUAA